AUGGCGGCGUCUAGGAGCGCGGAAGCGGCCGGCCCGGGCGGCAGCCGCGGGCGCGUGGCUCGCAAGAAGCGCAGCGGCGGGCGCGGCGGGGACGCGGGCGCUCUGCAGCGGCUGCGGCUGGCCGUGCAGGGGUUCGUGCGGGCCACCGCCGGGGGCGAGGCCGGGGACCGCGAGGGGCGCGUCCCCGUGGGGCGCUCCCGGCCGGGCGGCAGGAAGAGCCGCAAGGAGCUGCGGAGAGAGAAGCGGCACCUCAGGAAAGCGCGGCGUCUGCAGAGGACCGCAGGCGCCGCGGCGGGUCGGCCGGAGGGCAGCGCACAGGAGCCCGCGCCGCCCCGGGCCAAGGCCAGGGCCACGCCGCCCCCGGCCAAGGCCACGGCCACGCCGCCCCCCGCCAGGGCCAGGGCCACGCCGCCCCCCGCCAGGGCCCCGGCUCGCCCGGGGAAGACGAGCCCCGCCGCCGCCCGUAAGCGGGCGCUUCUUGCGGCCAACGAGGAGGAGGACCGGGAGAUCCGGAAGCUGGAGCGGUGCCUCGGGCUGAAGAAGCGCAGGAAGAAGGGCGAGGGCAGCGCCGUGCCGCUCGGCUUCGCGCGCGACGGGCUGGACUACAUCCUGGGAGUGCUGGGGUCCGGGGGCGGCGGCGGGCUGUUCGAAAGCGGCGGCGAGGAGGAGGAGGACGCGGGCGCGCCGCUCCCGGAAAGUGACCUGGAGAGCGACUCGGAGCCCCCGAGUGAGGAGGAGGAUGCGGAGGACGCGGCGCAGCCGGAGCGGGACCAGGACGUCCGGCCUGAAAGCGGCCAGGAGCCCGAAGGCGGGGCGCGGGAGAGCGCGGGGAGAAAGAGAGUCCGUUUUGCAGAAGAAAAGAGAGAGCGCCCGUCGGAGGACGACGACCCGACCCUGCAGGAGAGACUUUGUGAAAAUGGUGAAAAGUACAUCCCGCCUGGCCUUCGGCAAGGCCAGGAGACAGUGGACGUGCACAAGAAGGAAGAGUUAGAAAGACUGAAGAAACACGUCAAAGGCCUGAUUAACAGAUUGAGUGAGCCAAACAUGGCAUCUAUAAGUGGGCAGCUGGAGGAGCUGUACAUGGCCCACAGCAGGAAGGACAUGAAUGACACACUGACCACUGCCCUCAUGGAUGCCUGUGUCACUGCCUCGGCCAUGCCCAGCAGACUGAUGAUGGAGCACGUCCUCUUGGUCAGCAUCCUUCACCACACUGUUGGAAUUGAGGUUGGUGCUUGCUUUCUGGAGGCUGUGGUGAGAAAGUUCGAUGAAGUCUACAGAGAUGGAGGUGAAGGGAAAGAGUGUGAUAACCUUUUCACCAUCAUAGCCCAUUUGUACAACUUCCAUGUGGUGCAGUCUCUUCUCAUCUUUGACAUUUUGAAGAAACUUAUUGGAACUUUCAUGGAAAAAGACAUUGAGCUGAUCCUGUUGAUGCUGAAAAAUGUGGGCUUUGCAUUGAGAAAAGAUGAUGCCUUAUCACUGAAGGAGCUGAUCACAGAUGCCCAGGCCAAAGCCAGUGGAGCAGGCAGCAAGUUUCAGGACCAGACCAGGAUCCGAUUUAUGCUGGAGACAAUGCUGGCAUUGAAAAACAAUGACAUGCGUAAAAUUCCAGGCUACGAUCCUGAGCCCGUGGAGAGACUGAGGAAGUUACAGCGAGCUCUGGUGCGCAGUGCCACCUCUGGUUCUGAGACUCAGCUUCGCAUCUCUUGGGACAGUGUUUUACACGCAGAACAAACUGGGCGCUGGUGGAUUGUGGGGUCUGCGUGGAGCGGAACACCAAUGAUCGACAGCAGUCAUCAUGCACUUCCGCAGAAGCCACUUGCGGGGACGGUGAGCUCAAAGAUGCUGGCACUUGCCCGGAAGCAGAGGAUGAACACCGACGUCAGGAGGAGCAUCUUCUGCACGAUAAUGACGAGUGAGGAUUUUUUGGAUGCUUUUGAAAAGCUGCUCAAGCUGGGACUGAAGGAUCAACAGGAGAGAGAGGUGGUCCACGUGCUCACGGAUUGCUGCUUGCAGGAGAAGACGUACAAUCCCUUCUAUGCGUUCUUGGCUAGCAAGUUCUGUAGCUAUGAAAGGCGAUUCCAGAUGACUUUCCAGUUCAGCAUAUGGGACAAAUUUCGGGACUUAGAAAAUUUGCCAGCCACUAAUUUCUCAAAUUUGGUUCAUCUGGUGACACACCUGUUGAAGACAAAAUCACUUCCGCUUUCCAUUUUAAAGGUAGUUGAAUUCAGUGAAUUGGACAAACCCAGAGUCCACUUCCUACGGAAAGUGUUGACUAUGCUGUUAAUGGAAACAGAAGUUGAAGAUCUGGCUUUAAUUUUUGCAAGAGUUUCUGACAACCCAAAGCUGGGGGUGUUGCGAGAAGGUCUGAAGCUCUUCAUUGGCCACUUCUUACUGAGGAACGUGCAGGCCCACCAGAGCCCCGAGGAAGCCAGCAUGCUGAGGGAGCGGGCCAGCCUCGCCACCAGGUCUCUGCAGAGCAGGGCCCUGAGGAUGUAGCCGGGUGUCUGACCCAGAAGUGUCCUCCAUGAGCCCCAAGGCCUGUCCUGCUGAGUGAAGGGUGGUGGAGUUAAUGUCACGUCUGUCACAUUGUAAAUGUUAUUUAUUGAGAUUUUUUUAAUCCAAUAUUGUAUUGUGUUUUUUAUAACUUUAUUACCAUUUUUUUUACUGUAGUGCUAAAACUCGAACCCAGUGCCUCACAUGUGCUAGGCAAGCACUCUACCACUGAGCCACAACCCCAGCCCCGUGUUUGUAAUUUUAAUAACUUUCAGAUAAUGCAGUAGGGGUGGCAGAAGAAGGCAGCGGGGGCACCCUAUGCAGUGAGGCUGGUGUGUUGGGUUUUGGUUUUGUUUUUGUUCUAAUGCUAGGGAUUGAACCCAGGAGCACUUCACCACUGCGCUGCAUCCUAGCCUGUUUUAUUUUUUUAUUUUGAGACAGGGUCUCACAAAUUGCUGAGGCUGGCCUUGAACUUGUGAUUCUCCUGCCUCGGCCUCCCAUGUUGCUGGGAUCACAGGUUGUCUUAAUUUUUUAAUAGCUAAAAAUAGGCCACAAGAGGGUGCAGUGAUUAUAAAUGAUGCGUUCUUAUUGUUUUUUAUAUUGACUGAACGUCCUAAAACCAGUUAACUGUGACCCUUGCGGCCUCAUUGAUCAUUCUGACGUUGGUGUCCAGGCUGCGCUUCCCUUGCGUAGUGUGGUGUGGGUAGCCGUGUUCCACUCUGCUCAUCUGACGUGCUGACGCAGGGAGGACGCGCUGCACUACUUCGUGUCUCUCUCCGCAUCCCUGUGGUAUUUUCUUAAAUAACUCCAAAGUCACCAGGUAGCUGUGGGACACUGGUGGGUGCUGCUUGCUGUUGCUCCUGGGUCCUCGGAGAUGUGAACCUGAGUUCAGCAGUUACCGAGUGCUGGGUGUUUACACCGCGUGUCCACCCCCUCACGAAAGGCAGGAAGCCUGGGGGUCGCAGGAGAGAAGUGUUCCGAAGCCUGGCGGCCCCUCGGGACACAGGUGUUGGCUGUCUCACAGCCCCCAGCAUUGCUUCUCAGGUGCGGACGCGGUGAGCCUCAGCUUCCGUGGUUGAGCAAAGCCACCGAGGUGAGUGUGGAAGUCGGGCGUCGGAACCCACUCCCAGCAGUGCCAUCCACUGCAGAGCAGUCAUCUGGGCAGGUGGCCACAGGUCCUGUGCAGAGCAGCCCUUUUGUCCAGUGUGGGUGGCCCCGCUGCGGUUAGUGUCCCGAGGUCGCCGUGCGAGGUCUCGAGUCUCCUAGCGUGUCCCCACACUGAAGGUCCAAGCUCUGCGGUGUGCGGGCAGCCUGGAGAACCGCAGUGCUAGGUCGCUGCUCUGCUGCAUGGGUCUCCUGGCCUUCCACUGCCUCCAUCCCAGCCCAGAAACGGCCGUUUGGCAGAGGCCUAAUUAAAACCCUGUGCUGCCUUCUGCCAAGUUGCAAAUAUCGGUGACAAAGGAAGAGGGCCACAGCUGUGGAUGCGUGAGUGACGCCUUCCCUUCACACAGGGCUUGUCUUUUCUUAGGUGUGGGUCAGGUGUGCCGCCGGAGCAAGCCCUCAGGGUCAGGCGUGGAGCUGUGCUAACUGGGCUCCCCCUCCUAGAGCGGCUGGAGGGGCCCUCAGCUUCUGGUGGCAGACUGGUGACCACGUGGGCCGCAUUUGGAUGACACCGUCACUGAGGUGGCAGGUGGUGGCUGCAGCAGCCGAGGAGAGGGCAGUGCAGACCUCGCCUGUGACCCAGGGUCCCCUGCUGGAGCUGCCGCUGAGUCCGGACUGAUUUUCCACGGAGGACAAACUUCUGUUAACAGUCAUACUUUUAUAUUGUGCUUUAUUAUCAAAGCAAAGCUGCCUUUCCCUGUGCCAGGCCUGUUUGUGACUUAUUUUAUUGCCCGAGUUUUGCAUUAUAUGGCAGAUUGCCCUUAAGUGUAAGUGGACUUUUUCUAACACCAAAAUACGGAUUAUCACAUGAUAGUAGUUGUACUUCGGUGUAAAUAGUAAAUAAACACAUCCUGACCAAAAGCUACUGUAAAUUCAGAAUUACAUUCAAAUAUAUGUUUUUAAAAUAUAUUACAGUAACAGCUAAAUUUGAAAGAUACUGCAGGACGCCUGGACUGUCAGAGCUUGGUGUAGCUCUGUAUUUGGAUUUCUUGCAGUGCAGGUUGACAGCUGUUAGCGUAUAGAAUUAGCUAUGUUUGGGGGAUUUCAUUUUUAGAGAUCCAAAAAACAAGCUUUAAUGCGUUAAAAUGUGUAAAUAAAAUCUAUUUUUUUCUAUUCGA